UAUCAUUUUGUUAUUUUGUUUACAACCACUAGAGUGUAAUAGACCAAAGUUGCGCAUUUUUUAAAAAAUUCUAUUACUUUACUUCACUUGCAAUUUAUAUUUUCAUUGUUUCUCACUUUUGUGAUUCCAUUAUGUUUUUCAAGUGCUAAAAAAACAAUUAUCGUAAACACCACAAUGAAUUCGUCAAACAUGUUAGUUCAUGUUCUGACUGUUGCACUUAUACUUGCAAAUGUCACAUUCCUGCAUGGCUACAUUUCCGAUCAACUUAAUGAAAAAAGUAGUCGUCUCACUUGGUGUACAAUAAAUAGCCAAGAACAGUCGAAAUGUUUGAAUUUGUCUGCAGCAGUCAACAGGGACAGACAAAAAUUCUACCAAAGAGAUUUCAUGGAACUUAUUUGCAAACAGGGUAGCAACAAAGAAGACUGUAUGGUAAUGUUAGAUAAUGGCAUAGCGGAUAUUUUAAGCUUAGACGCUGGAGAAGUUUUUGUUGGUGGACGAUAUCACAGUCUUAUACCAUUGAUGCAACAGACGUAUGAAGAUGGUACAGAUGAAUAUUAUGCUGUUGCUUUGGUAAAAAAGAAUACAAUGACUGAUGUUUAUAAUCUUGGAAACUUAAAAAACAAAAAGGCUUGUUUCGCUGGCGUUGGCACACAGGCUGGAUGGAACAUUCCAAUAAAUACUCUUAUAUCAAAAGGUUUUAUGAAGAUUAUUGAUUGUAAUAAUCAUGUAAAGACUGCUAUCGAUUUUUUUGGUCCUAGCUGUGCAAUAAAUUCUCUUCUUGACAAAUACAACCCUAUGGGUGAUAAUUCUGACCGUCUGUGUGUUCUAUGUGCGAGCAAGGUUUCGGGUCAAAAGUGUACGUGGAGUGAUCCAUAUGCAGGAGAUGAAGGAGCGUUUAAAUGCUUAAUUGAGUCUGGCGAUAUUGCUUUCUUGCGACACACUACGGUAUUGGAAAUGGUUAAAGACCAGUCAUUGUUUAUUCAAACAAGAGAAGAUGAUUUGGAACUAUUGUGUUUGGACGGUUCACGGCGUCCAAUAAAUGAAUAUGAAAGAUGUAACUGGGGACCUGCACCUACAGAUUCUAUAGUUACAACGUCCGCUAAAUCGUCUUCAGCCAGAAGCUCUUAUCAAAAAUGGCUACAGAAAGUUGUCGAGUUAUAUGGCCAAUCAAAGCCAUUGAAUUCAUACACGACAACUACAAUCAACCCAAUUUGGGGUGGGUUUCCACCUCCAGCACAACAAAACAAUGUCUUCAGCAAUAAAACAUUUUAUUUAUUCGACUCUUCUGUCUAUAACAAUCACCACAACCUUUUGUUACAGGAUACAUCUAGAAGAUUAAAAUCACUUGAAGAAUCACAUCAAACAUAUUCUAAAUAUUUAGGAAGAUCUCUGGACAUUAUACUUGGUGUUCGUUAUUGUCCAGCCACUCGAAUGACCCUUUGUGUUACAUCUGAACCUGAGAUGGAAAAAUGUAUUAAAAUGAAGAUGGCCCUGAAAGUUCAACUAUUAGUACCCGAAAUGCAGUGUUACAGAGGAUACAGUCAAGUGCAUUGUAUGCAAGCUAUUAGAAAUGGAAAUGCUGAUGUUGCUGUGAUGGAUGCUGGUGAUGUAUAUACUGCAGGAUUACAGUACGAUGAAAUUCCUUUUAUAACUGAAAUGUAUGAUCUACCAGAACCAGAAUAUUAUGUUGUGGCUGUGGCUAAAGAAGAAGAUCCAAGCACAGAACUGACCUAUCUUAAAGGUAAAAUGACCUGUCAUCCGGGUAUUUAUUCAGGUGGUGGGUGGAUAAUACCUAUGGCCUUUUUGUUGAGCAAUGGAUGGAUGAGAAGCUAUGGAUGUGAUUCUAUACGAGCAGCUUCCGAGUAUUUCAGUAAAUCUUGUGUGCCCGGAGCUCUGAGCAAUGAAUACAAUCCAGGACUGCCGUAUGAUAACCUUUGUCAUCUUUGUAGAGGGUCUAGCUACCGUUAUUGUAGACGUGACGCCACCGAAGAUUUUUAUGGGUAUACAGGGGCCUUGAGAUGUUUAGUUGAAGGUGGUGGAAACGUAGCGUUCGUUAAACAUACAACUGUGUAUGAGAACGCAGAUGGAAAACGCAAACAAUGGUGGGCUAGAAACACGUUGAGCCUUGACUUUGAACUUUUGUGUCCAGACGGUACUAGAUCUACUAUUGAUGAUUACAAGAGGUGUAGCAUAGGAAAAGUUAAAGCUAACGCCGUUAUUACCCGUGGAGGUGAGUCGUACAACCAGACUGAAGUGAUGGCUUACACUAAUCUUUUUAUGGCAGCACAACAGCUAUACGGUCGAAAGACCAAUGACGAAUUCACUUUCAGCAUGUACACAUCACCCGAACCGUACAGCGAUCUGAUCUUUCAGGACGCUACUCAACAGUUGGCGCCAAUCGAAAGUUCGCAAAGGCAUUACUCGACUUGGUUAGGUCAAAAUUUCAUGCGUGCGCGCAGAUUAGUCGAUUGUCGAGCAUCGGGUACCAUGAUUUACCCACUGGGCAUGUUCACUAUGCUUAUAACAAUACUCUACGUACACUCGUGGUUUUAAGUUUUUGUGUUCAAAUUGUAUUAUUAUCAUUAUUAAUAUUAUUAUAAGAUCUGAAAAGGUUAUCUUUGACCAAUUUAAUUUAACGACUGCUAGUUAUGUGAUUAAACAUUAUUGCACUACAUAUUCCAUGAUAGAUUUUGUAUCAAUUUGUAAAUUAAAUAGACAAAAAUAUUAUCCGUCCAUUUUUUACUAUUAGUUAUUGAUCAAACUAUUAAGUAUUAUCUUAAUACUUAGUGUUAAAUUUAUAUUCAUAUAUAUAGUAAUUUAUAAAAGUUGUCUAAUUGUAAUAAUUUUAAGGAUCUGAACCGUAUACUGAUAACUAUGACAAUUAUCCGUCCAUUAUUAUAAGACAAUUUUUU